UGGCACUUCCGAACAUUAGUUAGCCUGAACAGCUAGCUAACGCUCAAUUUAUUAGCAAUUAGCCGCGUUUUAAGUUCACUAAUCACCAUAUGACUUACUGGUAUAUGGUUUUUGAUCGAGUUCACACACUUAAGUGAUGAAUCUGAUGUGCUUUCGAUUGGUAUUGAUAACCAAACGACACUCAUCGAUCCACCGCCUCGGCUAAAAACAAAGCUGCUAGCUUUAGCCGUCCAUGUGCGCGCGAGGCAGCGAUGAGGUACAAACGGAGCCUGCCGCUGCUCGUGCAGCAGCUAGCGGGGUUAAUAGUAAUAAUGCAGUAUAUUUCUUUCGUGCUCCUCUUUUAUACCGCCGCAUACCAGCCCGGUGAGGCGUGUGAGGAGACGGGAACCAGCACCGACACCCUCAUACUGUGCAGGGCGUGCGGGCACGAGCUGGCGGCCGGGGUGGACAUCCACUUUGUCCCCAGUCGGCUCGCGCUCUCCAGCCGCAACGACACGCUGGUCGGGGGCCGAAGGGUUAACGUCCAGCUUUUUGAAAACCCCCACGGUCACCAGUUCGAGGUGAUAACGUUCAGAAAAGCGGACGUUACCCAGCACUGGCCGGCAGAUAAACACUUCUCCUGGUUUCCGGGGUUCUCGUGGACGGUGGCCACCUGUCCUCGGUGUAGAACUCAUUUAGGUUGGGCGUUCCAGCCCAGCGACUGGCCCGACACAAUCACAAAAACCAGAUUUGAGGAGUCGACGCACACUUUCCUGGCUUUAAUCACCCAUCGACUGCUAACAGAAGACUUUGCUUCGAGCCUUCUAAUGACUCCAAAAUCCUUCAUGAGUUGAUGGGACAUUUUGACUGUACAAUCUACCCAGGUGCCUUUGCUGCUACCUUUUUUUUUUUAAUAAAUUUCUAUGCACCCUCUUGGUUUGAAGACUCCCACACAUGUAUACACAGUAAGUUUUAUUAUUGUAACAAAGCAAGUUGUACACCUCAAAUUUAAAACAGUUUCUUUUCCCCCCAGCGGAAAAGGAAAGGGUGAUUAAAUGUAAAUUCUAUGAGAUAACAGGUCUUUUUUUUCUUCUUUUUGUUUACCCAUGAAGCAGUGGGGGCCAAAAUUUACAAGCUUGGUUUUUUUUUUCCAUUUUGUUCUUUAUUAAAAAUGUCAUUUCAAAUCUCAUGGAUAUCUGUAAAACAAUACAAUGAAAAGAAAAAAAAAGUCCCAUAGAAAUGAUGUCAAAAUAACCACUCUCCCCAAUAACCAACAUACUCCUGCCCCUCCCCAGCUUAACCCACCCGCCCCCCGUCCCCUAAA